AUGUCAGCAGGUCAAGGACGUGUCAAUCAACUUGGUGGAGUUUUUAUCAAUGGUCGUCCUUUACCGAAUCAUAUUCGCCUGAAAAUUGUGGAACUUGCAGCCGCCGGUGUUCGACCAUGUCAAAUUUCACGGCAGCUUAGAGUAUCGCAUGGAUGUGUCUCUAAAAUAUUAAAUCGUUAUCAGGAAACUGGAAGCAUUCGUCCCGGUGUUAUUGGCGGCUCAAAGCCACGCAUUGCAACACCAGAAAUCGAGAAUCGAAUUGAAGACUUCAAGAAGGAAAAUCCAGGUAUAUUUUCGUGGGAAAUUCGCGAUCGUUUGAUUAAAGAAGGCAUUUGUGAUCGUUCAACGGCUCCAUCAGUGAGCGCGAUCUCCCGUCUAUUACGAGGUCGCGACGAUGAAAAACGAACAUCACAAAACGGUGAAAAUCACGCAAUGAAACAUUCCGACGGUGAUUUAUCUGAUUGUGAGAGUGAACCUGGAAUUCCACUUAAGCGUAAGCAGAGAAGAUCGAGAACAACAUUUACAGCAAUGCAGUUAGAUGAAUUAGAACGAGCCUUUGAACGCACACAAUAUCCUGACAUUUACACACGAGAAGAACUUGCACAACGAACCAAAUUAACAGAAGCUCGCAUCCAAGUUUGGUUUAGUAAUCGACGUGCCCGAUUACGUAAACAGGUUAUUCCAACGUCAUCGGGAUUUUCAUCAAUGGGAGGAAAUCAUUUGGCUUAUUCCGGAUCUUCAUCCGGUUAUCCAAUUUUACAACCAUUAACUGAUGCUUCUCAAUAUAGUUCAGCAUCUUCACAAAUGCACGAUUUUUAUUCUUCUCACGUCCAUCAAAUGGCGAAUCAAGCAGUUUCCCGUCAAUCUCCCGUAGAGUCUUCAAACCACACAAGUUCACCAGUUCCGAAUUCGUCUCAUCCAAUUCAUAAUUCAACAGCUUCGUCCUAUUAUCAUCAUUAUCAUCACACUGUUCCAUCAAGUUCUGGGCAGAAUCCAUCAGCAAAUGCUGGUUAUUCACCACCGCAGAAUGUUAAUGGCUCAUUGAAUGGCAACGAGAGUCCAAAUUCUGUUGAUCAAUUCUCAGCAAAUAACACAACAAACAAUAAUAACAACAUUCAAUUGCCAGAAACACCUAAUAGUUUGGUGACCACCAUGAUGGGCCCUACUUCUGGUAACAGCAACAGCAACGAUGGAACAAAUGUCAUCAAUGAGACGCCUUCAGAAAAUGCUGCUGUUAUUUCAAAUAACAAUAAUUACAGUCCAUGGUGUGCUAGUACAGGUCAUCAUCAGCUUCCACUCUCCAAUACUUCUCCAAUUCAUUCCAGUUCUUAUAGCUCAGCACAUCAUCCAACAGCAUCACUCUACAGCGCUCAUCACAAUUUAUCAUCAACUUUAAUUCCCCAUCAGAACAUUUCUGGUUUCGCUCAUCCACAUCCAGGUGGAAAAACGUUUGGAAUGUCGCAACCUUUCUUAUAUAAUUCAUGGUAUUAA